AUGGUGCCAGUUGAUGUCGAGCCAUUGCAGCCACUCGACAUGCGACGCUCGCGGCCUUCGGUGAUUCGGCGCUGCUCAGCAGCAGUGCGGCCCUCGCAUGAGGAGCGGGAGCCGUCGAGGUUGCUGAGGAGCUCAACAACCACAGUGUCCGGCAUGACGGGCAUGCGCGGACCUUCCGAUCAACCGGACCCCGCGGUGGAGGCGCACUUCAGAAGGUCACUCGGGCCUCAGUACGCGGCUCUGUUUGCUGGACCAACCGAACCUGCCAGUUCGGCACUCACCGUGGACGACCACUUCGCUCGGGCGCUUGGGCCAGACACUUGGUUGCGCCUUCAGGAUGGCCUGACCUCCUCUUGA